UUCAGUGAUAACAUUUUAACGAAAAGACAGGAUGCAAACAGUAUUUUGGCGGUUUUCUUCAACGUUAUUGAAUAACUUUUAUUGCAGUCAUAGUUUGUUAUUGAAAAACAGUAAAAUGACGCAAAGGACUUUAAUGUCUUAUUUUGGCCCUAAAAAUGGAAUUAAAAAGGAAAAAGAUCAACCAGUUUUAUCAGUCAGUACAACUUCGACAUCACCAGAAGAUCUAGAAGUUGUACACACCAGUCCAAUAAAGACUUAUGGAAAAAGAAAAAAACAUGCUGUAUUAUUUAGUGAUAGUGAUGAAGAAACAUCUGACAAUAAAAAAAAAUUUGCAAAAGAUACACUUUUGAAUAAACCAAUUGCUGAAAAAUUAGAAGAAUCUAUUGAAGAACAGUCUCCUCUAAAAGAUACAGAUAAAUCUCUAAUACAUGAUGAUAAAAUAUCUGAAAGUGAUUGUGGAACAACAAAAACAGAUGACAGUCCUAUAAAAGAUGAUUUUCCAGACAAAAUCCAAAAUAAAACAAAAUGUGAAGAAGGUUCUCUACCUAGCAUUAAAUUUGAGACAACUAAUAUCGAGGAGAAUAAUUCUGAUUCUGAUAAGAAAAUCAACAAUAAACUAAGUACUGACAAAAAAACUAAGAAUAAAUUGAAAAAAGUAUCAAAAAAGUCAAGUAAAAUAGAAUCUUUAGAAAAAUCAGAUAAUUCAAGCGAAGAGCAGUCUCCUGCAAAAGAUGCUGAUGAAUCUUCAAAACAUAAAUGUUCUGAAAGUGAAUAUGAUCCAAAAAAAAAAAAUUACCAUCCUAUAAAAGAUGCCUUUUGGCCACCUAAUCAACCGACUCCAUAUUGUGCAUUAACAAAAACUUUAUUGUGCAUUGAAGAGGUUAGUGCUAGAUUGAAAAUUAUUGAAAUACUUUCAAAUUAUUUUCGAUCAGUGAUUGUGAAUAAUCCUAAAGAUUUAUUACCAAGUGUAUACUUGUGUUUAAAUAAAGUUUGUCCCGAUUAUAUUGGUUUGGAAUUAGGCAUUGCCGAGACUACACUUUUAAAGGCUAUAGUUCAAACCACAGGAAGGAGUAUGGCACAGGUUAAAGCUGAUGUUAAAAAAACCGGGGAUUUAGGAAUUGUUGCAGAAAAAAGUAAAAGUAAUCAAAAAACAAUGUUUAAACCUGCUCGAUUAACUGUGAAAAGUGUAUUUGAUAAAUUAAAGGAUAUCUCAGAAAUGACUGGGACUGCAGUGACUGCUAAAAAACUUGAUAAAAUUCAAGCAAUGUUCAUUGCAUGCCAAGAUUCUGAAGCAAGAUUUUUGAUGCGAUCAUUAGCUGGAAAAUUAAGAAUAGGACUUGCCGAACAAUCAGUUCUACAGGCUCUUGGUUUAGCUUGUACAAUGACGCCACCACCUCAAGAUUUUCCACCUAAAAUACUUAAUGCGGCCAAAAAAAUGUCUGAAGAAAAAUUCAAGAAAACUUAUGAUUCAAAUGCUUUAACCAUAAAAACAACUUAUUGUGAAAGUCCAAAUCUAGAUAUAAUAAUACCUAUUAUCUUAGAAGUGGGCGUUAGCGCCUUACCAGAAAAUUGUAAGUUAACUCCUGGGAUACCUUUAAAACCAAUGUUAGCACAUCCAACUAAAGGUGUACAUGAAGUGCUAAGUAGAUUUGAUGGAUUGAAGUUUACAUGUGAAUGGAAGUAUGAUGGAGAAAGAGCUCAGAUUCAUUUGACAGAGGACGGAGAUAUUUGUAUUUACAGUCGUAAUCAAGAAAAUAAUACUAGUAAAUAUCCGGACAUUGUUAAUCGUUUGGAUUCCGUCAAAGGACCCAAUGUUAAAUCUUUUGUGAUGGAUUCAGAAGCUGUCGCAUGGGAUAGAGAAAAUAAAAAAAUAAUGCCUUUCCAAAUAUUAAGUACUCGUAAACGAAAGAAUGCCAAUGAAGCAGAUAUUAAAGUACAAGUAUGUGUAUAUAUGUUUGAUUUACUCUACCUCAAUGGAGAAUCUUUAGUUAAAAGGCCUUUCUGUGAACGUCGUCAAUUAUUAAGAGAAAACUUUAUUGAAGUUGAAGAACAAUUCUUGUUAGCCACAUCUCUAGAUACAACCAAGAUGGAAGAAGUUCAAGAUUUUCUAGAAGAAUCUAUAAAAGGAAAUUGUGAAGGCUUAAUGGUUAAAACAUUAGAAGAAGAAGCUACUUAUGAAAUAGCCAAACGUUCACGCAAUUGGUUAAAAUUAAAAAAAGAUUAUUUGGAUGGUGUUGGUGAUACAAUAGAUGUAGUAGUUUUGGGAGGUUAUUUAGGUCGUGGAAAACGUACUGGUACUUAUGGUGGUUUCCUAUUAGCAUGUUAUGAUCCAGAUAGUGAAGAGUAUCAGAGUAUAUGUAAGAUUGGAACAGGAUUUAGUGAUGAGGACUUACAAACACAUACAGAGUUUUUCCAACAACAUAUUAUUGAUGGGCCUAAAAGUUAUUACCGCUUUGAUCAAAGCCAUGAGCCAGAUCAUUGGUUUGAGACAGUCCAGGUAUGGGAAAUAAAAUGUGCAGAUUUGUCCUUAUCUCCAGUACACAGAGCAGCAUUAGGUAUUGUAGAUCCUGAAAAAGGAAUUUCAUUAAGGUUUCCAAGGUUUCUACGGAUACGAGAAGAUAAAUCAAUUGAACAAUCUACUUCCGCUCAACAGAUUGCUGAGUUAUAUUAUAGUCAAGUGCAAAUUAUAAAUCAAGGAAGUACAAAUACAAACAGAGAGGACUUUUAUUAGUUUAGAUACUUCAUAUCUGUUGUCAAUUUUUAGUAUAUCUUUUUUAACACAUUUUAUUUUGACUAAAACAAAUAAUAUAUAAUUAUUAUUUUUUUAUAAAUUACAUUUUCUUAUUUUAUUGUGUUGCAAUUGUACUCAUUGUGGCGUGCAAUAUGUCUUUCAAUAAUCUCUAUUUUAUUUUAGAUUUACAAUCUUAAACAAUAAAUAAUAAUAUCUGGCUUUUA